UCAUCUUACAUCCCAGAGAUCUAAAGAGAGGAUGUUUUUUUUAGAGUACACACUUUCUAAAUCGUCCCUCCUUUUGCUUACAGAGCAUUGACUUGAGAUGCAAGAAACAAAUUAUUCCGUUUAAUCAUAAUUUCUUUUUUCUUCUUUUGCUCCCGUUUGGUUUUAGGUUGUAACAAUGCAGAGAGUGAGCUUUGAAUUACCGGACUAUCAUCAUCACUCAGACACAGAGGCUGAGAAGAGCAGCGAUGUAGUUCCGUUGAAUGGAUCAUCGCCGUUGACCAACGAAAACCUGGCUAUGAAAAACCUUAGAAACACGGCGGCGGAUGAAGAAUCGAGCGUGAAGGAAGAUACGGAGCUGACGAUGCAGAAACGAAACGGUCGGGUGAAACUUACUAACAAGCUCAAACGCUUGAAAUCAUCUGUCUUUGGAGAGAGUAAGCCAACUGGAUUGGACCGUUCAAAGUCAACGGCUGGUCGGGCCUUGAAAGGGCUCAAGUUCAUCAGUAAGACCGACGGUGACGCUGGAUGGAGUGCCGUGGAGAAGCGGUUUCUUAAGAUCACAGCCACUACUGGUGGAUUGCUACUUCGGUCAAAAUUUGGUGAAUGCAUAGGGAUGAACUCAAAGGACUUUGCUUUGGUAUUGUUCGAUGCAUUAGCUAGAAGACAGGGUGUGACAGGGGAUGUGAUUGAUAUGGACCACUUGAAGGAAUUUUGGGAACAAAUAAGUGACCAAAACUUUGAUUCCAGGCUUAUGACAUUUUUUGACAUGAUGGAUAAAGACGCCAACGGUAGACUGACAGAAGACGAAGUUAGAGAGAUCAUCAACCUUAGUUCGUCUGCCAACCAUUUGUCAUCUAUCCAGAAAAAGACUGAUGAAUAUGCAGCAAUGAUAAUGGAAGACCUUGACCCUGAUCAUAUGGGGUACAUCAUGGUGGACAGUCUGAAGAAAUUGCUUCUGCAAGCGGAAACACAAUCUGUAAGCACAAUUAGUGAAGACAGAAAGGAGCUGAGCGACAUGUUAAGUGAGAGUCUCAAGCCUACGCGUGACCCUAAUCCGUUGAGGAGAUGGUAUCGUCGACUUAGAUAUUUCAUAUUGGAUGGCUGGCAAAGAAUUUGGGUGAUCGCGCUAUGGCUCACCAUUAUGGCCAUCCUCUUCGCGUACAAGUAUAUCCAGUACAAGAAUCGAGCUGUGUAUGAGGUGUUGGGGCAUUGUGUGUGCUUGGCCAAAGGUGCAGCAGAGACGCUGAAGCUAAACAUGGCCUUGAUUUUGUUACCUGUAUGCAGAAACACUAUCACGUGGCUUAGAAAUAAGACUAGGUUUGGUGUUUUUGUCCCUUUUGAUGACAACAUCAAUUUUCAUAAGGUUAUAGCGGUGGGAAUUACGGUAGGAGUAGUCAUACACGCCGUGGCCCAUUUGGCUUGCGAUUUUCCACGGCUAAUCGCGGCAACUCCCGAAGAAUACAUGCCUCUCGGAAAGUUCUUCGGGGAGGAGCAACCGAAGAGAUACUUGCAUUAUGUGAAGUCAACAGAAGGAAUAACAGGACUCGUAAUGGUUCUCUUGAUGGCUAUUGCUUUUACACUGGCUCUGCCUUGG